UCGGAGAGUGAGGGCAGUGACUACUCCCCAAAUAAAAAGAAAAAGAAAAAACUCAAGGACAAGAAGGAGAAAAAAGCCAAGCGUAAAAAGAAGGAGGAGGAGGAGGAGGAGAAUGAGGACGGAUGCCUCAAGGAGCCCAAGUCCUCGGGGCAGCUCAUGGCCGAGUGGGGCCUGGACGAUGUGGACUACCUGUUCUCAGAGGCCGACUACCACACGCUGACCAACUACAAGGCCUUCAGCCAGUUCCUCAGGCCACUCAUCGCCAAGAAGAACCCAAAGAUCCCCAUGUCCAAAAUGAUGACUGUCCUGGGCGCCAAGUGGCGGGAGUUCAGUGCCAACAACCCCUUCAAGGGCAGCUCGGCCGCGGCAGCCGCGGCGGCAGUGGCAGCGGCCGUAGAGACGGUCACCAUCGCGCCUCCACUGGCCAUCAGCCCCCAGCAGGCACCCCAGCCUGUGCCGAUCCGCAAGGCCAAGACCAAGGAGGGCAAGGGACCCGGGGUGAGGAAGAAGAUCAAAGGCUCCAAGGAUGCGAAGAAAAAGGGCAAAGGGAGAAAGGUGGCCGGGCUCAAGUUCCGCUUUGGAGGGGUCAGCAGCAAGAGGAAGAAAGGCUCCUCGAGUGAGGAGGAUGAGCGCGAGGAGUCGGACUUUGACAGCGCCAGCAUCCACAGCGCCUCCGUGCGCUCCGAGUGUUCUGCUGCCCUGGGGAAGAAGAGCAAGAGGAGGCGCAAGAAGAAGAGAAUCGAUGAUGGUGAUGGCUACGAGACGGACCACCAGGACUACUGCGAGGUGUGCCAGCAGGGUGGGGAGAUCAUCCUGUGUGACACCUGCCCAAGGGCCUACCACCUCGUGUGCCUGGACCCAGAGCUGGAGAAAGCUCCCGAGGGCAAGUGGAGCUGUCCCCACUGUGAGAAGGAGGGGAUCCAGUGGGAGCCGAAGGACGACGACGACGACGAGGAGGAGGGCGGCUGCGAGGAGGAGGAGGACGACCACAUGGAGUUCUGCCGCGUGUGCAAGGACGGCGGCGAGCUGCUCUGCUGCGACGCCUGCCCCUCCUCCUAUCACCUGCACUGCCUCAACCCGCCGCUGCCCGAGAUCCCAAACGGUGAAUGGCUCUGCCCGCGCUGUACUUGUCCCCCGCUGAAGGGCAAAGUCCAGCGGAUCCUGCAUUGGAGGUGGACAGAGCCCCCGGCCCCCUUCAUGGUGGGGCUGCCCGGGCCCGAUGUGGAGCCUGGUGUUCCUCCACCCAAGGCCCUGGAGGGCAUCCCAGAGAGAGAGUUCUUUGUCAAGUGGGCUGGGCUAUCCUACUGGCACUGCUCCUGGGUGAAGGAGCUGCAGCUGGAGCUCUACCACACGGUGAUGUAUCGCAACUACCAAAGAAAGAACGACAUGGACGAGCCGCCCCCCUUUGACUACGGCUCUGGCGACGAAGACGGCAAGAGCGAGAAGAGGAAGAACAAGGACCCGCUCUACGCCAAGAUGGAGGAGCGCUUCUACCGCUACGGCAUCAAACCCGAGUGGAUGAUGAUCCACCGCAUCCUGAACCACAGCUUCGACAAAAAGGGGGAUGUGCAUUACCUGAUCAAGUGGAAAGACCUGCCCUACGACCAGUGCACCUGGGAGAUUGACGACAUUGACAUCCCCUGCUACGACAACCUGAAGCAGGCCUACUGGGGCCACAGGGAGCUGAUGCUGGGAGAGGACGCCAGGCUGCCCAAGAGGCUGAUCAAGAAGAGCAGGAAACUGAAGGACGAUAAACAGGAGAAGCCCCCGGACACGCCCAUUGUGGACCCCACGGUCAAGUUUGACAAACAGCCGUGGUACAUCGACUCCACGGGCGGCACGCUGCACCCCUACCAGCUGGAGGGCCUUAAUUGGCUGCGCUUCUCCUGGGCCCAGGGCACUGACACCAUCCUGGCCGACGAGAUGGGCCUGGGCAAGACGGUGCAGACCAUCGUCUUCCUCUACUCGCUGUACAAGGAGGGGCACUCCAAGGGGCCCUACCUGGUCAGCGCGCCCCUGUCCACCAUCAUCAACUGGGAGCGUGAGUUUGAGAUGUGGGCACCCGACUUCUACGUGGUCACCUACACGGGGGACAAGGAGAGCCGCUCCGUGAUCCGGGAGAACGAGUUUUCCUUUGAGGACAACGCCAUUCGGAGUGGGAAGAAGGUGUUCCGCAUGAAGAAAGAAGUGCAGAUCAAAUUCCACGUCCUCCUCACCUCCUAUGAGCUCAUCACCAUCGACCAGGCCAUCCUGGGCUCCAUCGAGUGGGCCUGCCUGGUGGUGGACGAGGCCCACCGGCUCAAGAACAACCAGUCCAAGUUCUUCAGGGUCUUGAACAGCUACAAGAUCGAUUACAAGCUGCUGCUGACGGGGACCCCCCUUCAGAACAACCUGGAGGAGCUGUUCCACCUCCUCAACUUCCUGACUCCAGAGAGGUUCAACAACCUGGAGGGCUUCCUGGAGGAAUUUGCUGACAUCUCCAAGGAAGACCAGAUCAAGAAACUGCAUGACCUGCUGGGGCCGCACAUGCUGCGGCGGCUCAAGGCCGACGUCUUCAAGAACAUGCCGGCCAAGACCGAGCUGAUUGUCCGUGUGGAACUGAGCCAAAUGCAGAAGAAGUACUACAAGUUCAUCCUUACGCGGAACUUCGAGGCGCUCAACUCCAAGGGGGGCGGGAACCAGGUGUCGCUGCUCAACAUCAUGAUGGACCUGAAGAAGUGUUGCAACCACCCCUACCUCUUCCCCGUGGCCGCCGUGGAGGCCCCCGUCCUGCCCAAUGGCUCCUAUGAUGGCAGCUCGCUUGUCAAGUCUUCAGGGAAGCUCAUGCUGCUGCAGAAGAUGCUCAAGAAACUGCGGGAUGAAGGACAUCGUGUGCUUAUCUUCUCGCAGAUGACCAAGAUGCUGGACCUCCUGGAGGACUUCCUGGAGUAUGAGGGCUACAAGUAUGAGCGGAUUGACGGUGGCAUCACUGGGGGCCUCCGGCAAGAGGCAAUUGACAGAUUCAACGCCCCGGGGGCCCAGCAGUUCUGCUUCCUCCUCUCAACCCGGGCAGGCGGCCUGGGCAUCAACCUGGCCACGGCAGACACGGUCAUCAUCUAUGACUCGGACUGGAACCCCCACAAUGACAUCCAGGCCUUUAGCCGCGCCCACCGCAUCGGGCAGAACAAGAAGGUGAUGAUCUACCGCUUUGUGACGCGGGCCUCUGUGGAGGAGCGCAUCACUCAGGUGGCCAAGCGCAAGAUGAUGCUCACUCAUCUGGUGGUGCGGCCCGGCUUGGGCUCCAAGUCGGGCUCCAUGACCAAGCAGGAGCUGGACGACAUCCUCAAGUUUGGCACAGAGGAGCUCUUCAAGGACGACGUGGAAGGCAUGAUGUCUCAGGGCCAGCGGCCUGCCACGCCCAUCCCUGAUGUCCCAUCCUCCAAAGGGGGAGCCCUGGCCGCUAGUGCGAAGAAAAAGCAUGGCAGCACCCCGCCAGGUGACAACAAGGACGUGGAGGACAGCAGUGUGAUCCACUAUGACGAUGCGGCCAUCUCUAAGCUACUGGACCGGAACCAGGACGCCACGGACGACACGGAGCUGCAGAACAUGAAUGAAUACCUGAGCUCCUUCAAGGUGGCACAGUAUGUGGUGCGCGAAGAGGACGGUGUGGAGGAGGUGGAGCGGGAGGUCAUCAAGCAGGAGGAGAACGUGGACCCCGACUACUGGGAGAAGCUGCUCCGGCACCACUAUGAGCAGCAGCAGGAGGACCUGGCCCGGAGCCUGGGCAAGGGCAAGCGUGUCCGCAAGCAGGUCAACUACAACGACGCCUCCCAGGAGGACCAGGAAUGGCAGGAUGAGCUGUCAGACAACCAGUCCGAAUAUUCCAUUGGCUCCGAGGAUGAGGAUGAGGACUUUGAGGAAAGGCCAGAAGGGCAGAGUGGACGGCGACAAUCCAGGAGACAGCUGAAAAGCGACAGGGACAAGCCCCUGCCUCCUCUUCUUGCCCGGGUUGGCGGCAACAUUGAGGUGCUGGGCUUCAACGCGAGGCAGCGGAAGGCCUUUCUGAACGCCAUCAUGCGCUGGGGCAUGCCCCCCCAGGACGCCUUCAACUCCCACUGGCUGGUGCGGGACCUUCGCGGAAAGAGCGAGAAGGAAUUUAGAGCCUAUGUGUCCCUCUUCAUGCGGCACCUGUGUGAGCCGGGGGCUGAUGGCGCCGAGACCUUCGCGGAUGGCGUGCCCCGCGAGGGCCUCUCCAGGCAGCACGUGCUCACGCGCAUCGGGGUCAUGUCACUAGUUAGGAAGAAGGUUCAGGAGUUUGAGCACGUCAACGGGAAGUACAGCACCCCGGAUCUGAUCCCCGAGGGUCCCGAGGGCAAGAAGCCAGGCGAGGCUGUCUCCUCGGAUCCCAACACACCCGUGCCCGCCAGCCCUGCCCACCUUCUGCCUGCCCCGCUGGGCCUGCCAGACAAAAUGGAAGCCCAGCUGGGCUACAUGGAUGAGAAGGAGCUGGGGGUGCAGAAGCCGAAGAAGUCCCCAGACAUCCAGGCCCUGCCAACUGGCCUGGACAGAGUGGAGGGCGAGGACAAGCAUGAGAGCUCUGAUGGAAAGGAGAGGGCCCGAGAGGAGCAACUGGAGGAGACGGAGAAGGCCCAGCCCUCACCGGAGCAGCUGCCGAAAGAAGAAGUGCUUCUGGAGAAGGAGAAAAUUCUGGACAAGCUGGAGCUAAGCUUGAUUCACAGCAGAGGAGAUGGCAGUGAUUUCAGACCAGAUGACACUAAAGCAGAGGAGAAGGAGCCCAUUGAAACACAGCAAAAUGGUGACAAAGAGGAAGAUGAGGAGGGGAAGAAGGAGGACAGGAAUGGGAAGUUCAAAUUCAUGUUCAACAUUGCAGACGGGGGCUUCACAGAGCUACACACACUGUGGCAGAACGAGGAACGUGCCGCUGUGUCCUCGGGGAAAAUCUACGACAUCUGGCACCGGCGCCAUGACUACUGGCUGCUGGCGGGCAUCGUAACGCACGGCUAUGCCCGCUGGCAGGACAUCCAGAACGACCCGAGAUACAUGAUCCUCAACGAGCCCUUCAAGUCUGAGAUCCACAAGGGCAACUACCUGGAGAUGAAGAACAAGUUCCUGGCCCGCAGGUUCAAGCUGCUGGAGCAGGCACUGGUCAUUGAGGAGCAGCUCCGGAGGGCCGCGUACCUCAACAUGACCCAGGACCCUAACCACCCCGCCAUGGCCCUCAACGCCCGCCUGGCCGAGGUGGAGUGCCUUGCCGAGAGCCACCAGCACCUGUCCAAGGAGUCUCUUGCUGGGAACAAGCCCGCCAACGCCGUCCUGCACAAGGUCCUGAACCAGCUGGAGGAGCUACUGAGCGACAUGAAAGCGGACGUGACACGCCUGCCCUCCAUGCUGUCCCGCAUCCCCCCGGUGGCCGCCCGCCUCCAGAUGUCUGAGCGCAGCAUCUUGAGCCGCCUGACCAACCGAGCCGGCGACCCCACCAUCCAGCAGAUAUCUAGCCGUCCCCGAGACUUCCCUCUGGUGCAGCGCUCGUUUCCUGCAGAGCCACGCCUGCCGGGCCCCCCACCUGACCCCCACAGGAGAGAAAAGCUGCCUCCUUUCUAGAGCCACACCACUCGAGGACAGAAAGGGAAACCAAGUCAUGCCACCACAUGGGGACGGGGCCCAGCCUGGCAGGGUCUGAGCCCAGAAGUGCCACCUGCUUCUAAUCCAAGUGUCCCAUACAGUGUUACCCCCACACCACCCCGGGACGCCCUUUGGCCACCUCUGCCAGAACGACUUCCUAGAGGAGAUGCCAUUUCUUUGUACAUCUUUUGCACUUUCCUAUUGAAGACUUGAACACGUUUGUCUUGAUAAAAGUUGAGUGACAUGUGGAGGCGUUUCACCCACAGCACUUGCGUCUCUCUCAGCCAACGGGCUCCAGAUGGGAAGGGAAGCCCCUGGAAACGCUGCCGCUGCCCCGUGGACGCGGCCUGCCCUGGGUGCCCCCGCCCACCCCAUCCCAUCUGCCUGCGUGGGGCCCCCAGUGCCAGGUGGGUCGGGACCGGGGGGCAGCUGCCUGGCCUGGGGAAGAGGCCCGGCCGACGUCCAGGUCAGGCCAGGCCGCCUGCCCACCCAUUUCCUGCAAGGCUGAGGCCGCCAGGUGCGCACUCUCCGUCGGGGGCGGCUCUGUCAGCAGGUGUCUGUCCCUGGCCUUGUCACAGGUCUUAGACUCUGUCAUCACCAGCAGAGGGCCUGUGGCCCCUGCCCUGCAUGGCAGGUCGCAGCAUGUGCUCCUGGGAGGGGAGGAAGGGCCUGCACGUGUCAGCCGAGGGGCUGCUGGAGCCUUUGUCUCAGGCCACUGCGGAAGGGGCUUGCCCUCUGCCAGGGUGUGGCUAGCGUCCUAGCAGGGAGCGUCACAGCAGUGCUGAAUGGCCCAGGAGCCCUUGGCCCUGCCCUGUGCCCUGGGAGGCCCGUCAUACCCGUGUCCAGGCACACACCCCCGCCAGCCUCCUGGCUGGAGGUGCAGAGAACCCAGGCCAUGCCUGGGGCCUGGGCUUAUCCCUGUCCUCCUGUCCCUGGAGAGGACACCCCCUGGAGAGGCCUCGAUCUGGGCUCUUGCCGCCCGGGGCAGGGCCACCCCUGCCGGCUCUGUGUUCUUGGAUGGCUUAGGGAGACCUCUGCCUGGAGGCAGGGGCCUAGACCUGGUGGCCUCUCCAGUCUUCCCUUCCAGCCUGAGUGCCCUCAGCUUCCUGCCUUGUUUCCUGCCAGGAACGCCCUGUUGGAAUCCUGACCCUCUGCUACCCAGCUGGUGGUAUCCUGCAAUGGCCCCGGUUAGGGGGAAAGGAGGAAUGGGCCAGGCCUGAGGCCCAACCUCAGCCGGGAAGGGAUUUCCGAGCCUGGAGCAGGGGCCUUCCUGGGGUGGUGCCCUGGGGGCGGAAUCCUGUCUGAGUGAGAGACAAGCUGAGCCUGGGAGUGGGGUCGCCAGGAGGGCCUCCAUUCAGCUCCCUGGCCAGGACUGGGGCCAGGAUUUGGGGAUGUCUUGAGGACACAGGCCCUCCCAGAGCCCAGAUGUCCUUAUCUGUAAAUGGCUCUCCCUGAACCCCUGGAGGGCUGGACCCCCAAGGCCCUUCCAUCUCCAGGCUGCCUGACCCUGGCACUGCGGGUGGGAGGAGUGGGGGGCAGCCUGGAAGUGGCACACAGGUGUCCAGGGCACACGUGUGGCAGUGGCUGACUUCGCCCUCCAGGAUGGGUGGGGUCAUUCCUGUCCCCUGUGAUUUGUCCGGUGCCAUGUGCACAUGCGUGGUCCUCCGAUCAGUGCCUCCCUGCAAAGGCUCUCGGCUCAGGCCGGGCAGGGUGACCGCCACGACCCACCCCACUACGAUCCGGGUCCUGUGACGCUCCCCUCCCAGACAGGCUGCCAGCCCUGUGUUUGGCCUCAUGAGGAACGCGGUGGCAGGUCCUGAGUGUCAGGUUGGGAGGUACCUGGUAUAGGACCGGGGUCUGCGUCUCCACUGCCCAAAUUCCAAGGGCAGUGGUCCCUCCCCUGCCAGCCCUUGCUCCCCCAGAAGCUUCCCUCUGUCCCUCCACCUCUGCUCCUCCCCAGGCCUCACCAGGCUGCCCUUCGUCCUUCUCCUCUGCUAGCUGGAGCCGGACACCCACGGACAGCCUGACCCUGGCACUGCCUGGUCCAGGGAGGCUCAGCUCUCCACGGCCAGCACCUGGGAGGCCUGGGAGGGGAACUGCGGACAGCUGGGGAGUGGGUUUCCAGUUGACUGGUUUUGGAGAGGAAAAAGGAUCUUAAGAAUGUUUUCUUCUUGGUUUAUCCAUUAUCUCCUGCCACAAGUUGCAGCAGCCGUAGGGGAGUGGGGCGUCUACUGCCUUCGGCACCUUCGGGCUGGGUUAGGUUUUGCUGCUGGUGGAAGGAGGGUCGUCCCACGCAAGUGGAGCCUGAAUGUGCCAGCCGGCAUUUUUGUUUCCAGCCCCCUCUUUAUUUAGACCAGUGCUGAGUAGGCUUUCUGUUAAACCAUCUUUGGGCCAUAGUCUCAGAAAGCAUCACCUGCCAGGCUCCCAGGUGACCAGGGCAGUUAGGGUUGGACCGACUGUGUCCAGUGGGGGGGGGCCCUCCUUACACGCCUGCCACGGAAGCAUAUCCUGAGACCGCCCCCCCAACCCCGUGAGGAGACCCUUCCUGCAAGCCACCUUCAGAAGCUCCUUUGUUUUCUGCAAGUUAUGACCAUGGUCCUGUCCUGCUGGUACCCAUGACUGGUGUGGGCACCUGCCCUCCUGCUUGUUGGGGGUCCCUUCCCAGGGUCCUCUGGGGACUCCCUGGCCCAGGUCGAGGGCUGGCAAGAGUCUUGCCCCAGGGACAUCCAUAAGCCCUUGCUCCCAGGUGUUGAAUUCCAGGGAUGCUGAGGGCCUGUCAUGUAGAGGAUGGGCUCAGGGACCUCUGGAGGGUGUCCAGAGCAGCGUGGCAGGGAGGAGCCAGGGUGGGAGGUGGGGGCUGAGGUCUUGGCCUGGCCACGGCCUAGGGUCCCCCCUCCGCACCUGCAUCUGUCCUGUGCUGACCACCGUCCCCAUCCAGGAAGCUGGUUCCCACUCCAUUUUAUAUUUCUGGAAGUUUACAGGUCGUGGUGCAUCAGCCCAAAGUCAUUGGCUUGUGUUUUUGGAUUUUUUUCUUAGUUCAGAUUUUUUUAAACAAAGUAUUUUUUUAGAUGCGAUAACCCAGAAAGGGCCCGUUGGGUGUGUGUGUGUCCUGAACCCCUGAUCUUGAGAUGGGAGCCCGAGCCUCCCAUGGCUCCUUUGCACUGGUGCAUGGGUGGAUGAGGGAGCAGACCCCCCACCCAGGGUGGCAUCUGGCCCAGCUGAGAGGGGCCGGCCCCUUGCCUGACACAGCCCCAGGCUAGCGAAGGGCCAGGGGUACUUGGGCAAGUUCGGAGGGUCCCAGCCGGGGACCUGGAGUGGAGGCUGAGCCCCUAGGAGUGGUGGCCUGUCCGGUCCUCAGGAGGACGUGUGGGAAGCUCGACAGACUGUGACUGACACAGUUCCCUUGACUUUGUACUCUGUGUGUAUGUCUUGGUUUUCUGUGUUUUAAUAAAUCCUUUGGGAAAGGAUUGAAUCAGA